AUGACUGCUGCUACUGCUGCGAGCUCUAACGAUAAAGAACUGGGGACCUUGGUCGUCGUUGUGUUGAAAGCGCGCAAUCUUCCUGAUAAACAUACGUUUACGAAGCAAGACCCGUAUGCUGUUGUUGAAUUGGGUCCAUGUAAGGUGCAGACGCAGAUUGAUAAGAGAGGAGGACAACAUCCUGUUUGGGAUCAAGACCUCCAUGUCAAGGUCUUAGAAGCAGACACGAAGAAGAAUAGAAUUAUGAAAGUAUCAUGUUAUGCGAAGGAGCCUAAAGGGGAUGACUUGAUUGGUUCUGGAGAAGUGGAUAUCACAGAGACACUAUCGACUGGGGAGUUCGAUGAUUGGAUAAAGUUUGAGACGAACGGGGCAUAUCGCGGAGAGAUAUAUCUCGAAAUGACGUUCUUCGCUGCUGGUCCGCCACCUUCUCUUGCUCGACGACCUUCGAAAUUGGAACCUAGUGAGAGGUUAUGGCGGCCAGCGCAGACAUCGCCGAAGGGGUCU